UUACGCGCCUGCGCCGCAUGUCCGCUUGUUGAGUUGUGCAAAAUGCAAAAUCAGUAAAACAUUCCUCGCGAUCCCAACUCGUACUACUUUAAUGUAAGUAUUAUGUUAUUAGUUAUUAAAAAAUCAAGUGUGCAAUGUUACAAUGAAUCCUCUUCUAUCAUUCGUCAGAUUUUUAAUCAUUCGCUCGUCGGAUCUUAAUCGUCAUUUACGCCUAUUAUGUCAUCUCUGGCACCCCAUCUUCACGUGAUAAGAAACGUAGCCCCUAGUGGGAAGAGUGACCCUCUUUGAAGAUUUGCACCUCUCCUUGGAUUUUUCCUGCUACCCCUUCUUAUCGAGAAUCUUUUCCACACAGCCGACACCUGUUCAGGAGCAGUAUGUAAUAUUUACAAAAUGAAAGCAACAGCCUGGAUACCUAAACUAGAUAGCUGAAUAGUUUCCUGAUACGGAUGACCUCAGGCUGUCGUUCAAUCUGCAAUGAAAUGGUUUGCAUCCAAACGAAGGAAAGCCCUGGACUGUUUCAAAUAUUUACAUCACCCCCAAUUUAUCAUAAGUAUUCAUCAUGAGAAAAGAAAUUUCUUAUAGAACUUUUUCAUUGAUGUAAAAUCAAACUGUAUCUUAAAUACCUUAAAGCUGUAACUAAGGUAAGAUCUCUUUACAAAACGGAACAUGGAGGAGGAAUUAAAAAGAAUUUUGCCAGCUAUUACCUCAGUGUUUGGAGGUUCUUUUUUAAAUUUUAAAAAUGCUUCUUUUUUAGAGACAGGUAACCGUGAACAGUUGUUAGUUGACCUGCUCAGCUCUUAUUUGCGCAGUGAAUUGUCAAAGUCUGGGACAGAGGAUUUGUAUGGUCCUAUUCAAAGUCAAAUAUCUGCUAUCUGCAAGUUACUGGAACUGUGGUCAAGUGAUCUGAGCAAUAUUUAUUGGAUUAGAAAUCACAAGUGUCCAGAGGAAAAAGCAAGAAAAGUAGCCCGGUAUUUUCUCCAAAGAAUCAAAAAUUUUACAGAUUGCACAAUAAUUCCAAGUGGUUUAAUAUCAACAUCUCACAGUCACAAAAUUAUGAAUGAGAUUACAGGAUCUCAUGAUCACGCAAACAUUGCCAUUUUGAAGAGAGAUUAUAAAGAUAAUUGUAUUGAUUGGAUUCAUGUGAAUCCUGGUAGUGCUUACCACCAACAUUGUGGAAGUCUUACCGGUCAGAACGUUAGUUCAGUUUUUGAAAUCAACAAGAUAGACCCCGCUAAUAUAACGGAGGACUUUUUGUUCUUACUGGUGGGUUUGAAAGCCAUCAAACCUGGAGUGAGCCUGCCAGAUGAUACGUACUAUAAGGAAGUAUCAUUGUACGAAUGCCUUUUGGUGUUUUUGAAUGGGGAGACAACUUUUCAAUCUCAUCAUGAUGACAAUUUCAUUCCAUUUUCACCUAUUUCAUUUGUUCAUACAUGGCAAGUGAUUGAACAGGCAUUUGGAUAUCUUCUGCAGCACUUUAUUGGUGAAGCCUAUCGCACUGUCCACCAAACAUUACUUACAGGCUUCAAGAUAUCUCUAGUUGAAAAAACAUUUUCAUCUCAUCAAAAUUGUGGGACUCAGUUAAGUCAUUUUCUACUGCAAGAAAUUUGCCGCGAAUUAGCACAGCAAGCAUUUGAUCAUGGUAGUGAGAAGCAAAAAUUUCACUCAUUGAAGUUGAUCGAUGAAAUCAAAGAAUUCAUGAAGGAAACAUGUCACAGCCAAGAUUUACUGGCAAGUCAAAAAUUGCAUUUGAGUGAAAUUUGUGAUUCAUCGCUUAGCUUUUGUGCGCCAAAUUUGAAGAAACAUGUUCUUACUUCGCAAUGUCUUAGUUUGCCAGUUUUGAAAGUUGAACCAAAAUUUGUGAAACCUAGCAAAGAUGAUAACAUAAUUGCUUAUUUGAAAAAAUUCAAGAACAGUUUUGUGGAAGUUUUGAUUAAUUCAAAUGACUUAGUUGAUGUAGCUUUACUUAGUUUUGGCAUCGAAAUGUUCUUUAUUGAUUAUCUUGCAAACACUGAUAUUUUACAAGCAUCAGAAGGCUCUCCAUUCUGUAGCGAUGAUACUUUUUUAGCAAAAAUGUUAAUAGAUCUUGCUGAAGCUUUCCACAAUUGUCAAGGAAAAUUAUUGGAUCAUUUUCUAUCAAAUUUGCCUUACCAACCUAAUUUGUUUGCAAAGAAUGUGAUAAUUCAAUUCUUUGUCUAUGCAUCAGUAGCUGCCCUAAACUUACGAGACCAGCGAAUAAUGGAUUUAUUAAAAAACUACAAUUUAAGUGUUGCUAUAAGUGACACAAUUUCCCUGAUCGAUAUCAUACCUCACCUUGUAAUUCCCAAUGCAGCAUGGCUUAAAGUCUUACUUUCUCUUAAAUCUUUUUUUACACAAAAAGAAGGCCAAAAAUCGUUAUUUUCUCACAGUAAGUUUUACAAAUCUCUCUUCUCCUUUGAAAUCAGUAACAAUGCUGAGACAGAGAACACGGAUGUGGAAUUUGCUUAUCUCUUACUUCAAACAGAUCUGCAAAAAUAUUUUCAAUUUAUUAAUGAUAAUAGCCAUCUAGGUUUUGAGAAAUACAACAGAAAAUGGCAAAAACUUGCAUACACUGAUGAAUAUUUACCCACUAUUUAUCACUUACUAUUAAAGAUAGCCUAUUUUGCCAAAGUUUCUCUGAUAAAGAUUCCAUCUUGGAAAAAUAAUAAGCAAAUCAAAGUAGGGUGGCAUUUCAAAAAUUCUACAUUCUAUAAUGCACCAAAAUGGGUUGUAGGAAGAACAGAGUAUUGGCGCUCAAUUGUCCACUUUAAAAUUGAUUCUAAAACUGUAAGCACCAAACCUGAUACGAAUCUGAUCACAAGCUAUUGCCUGAAAGGUCCAUAUCAACGACUAAUCAUCAACGAAGAAAAUGUAUUCACCCCUCAUGAUCAUCUCAUGGAAGAUGAAGUCAUUGAGAAUGAAGAUGGGGAGCCGGCAUCCAUCAGUAGCUGUCAUCGCUCAGAAAAUGAGAUAAUCGCAAGUCAAAACUUGAAACCGUGUACAAUGGACCGCAUUCGCUACUUGCAGUUAGGGUUUCUGCAGAGUGUCCCUCUGCUGAAAAUAGAGCGUUUAUUUAUUGCCCUCAAAGAGCUACAACUGGAUGUUUGCUGUGAGGAAGACUGCAUUUUGAUCAAGCAAACUCUGUUUGAAAUCAGCGCCCUACGGAAUACAGGAGCCGGGACCUGCAGCUUAUUGCAAUGGACAGCAAAUGAAAAUCCGGCUUUAAUUCAUCAACUUGGCUUACUAUUCAUUGAGAAAGCACUUGUGAUGCAACAUCGAUUGACUCAACAUCAAGCACUUGGUAAUAUUCUCGAAAUUAGUUUGGGAUUGUUAUCAUUCUAUCCAGUAGAAUUCAAAGAUGAAUUUAUAAAGCAUUUAACAGAAAUAUAUUACCUUUUAAAAAAGUUCAUAGUACAGCCUCCAAGCCACUUAAGUGAUUCCACUUUGCUACAUCUAAAUGCAUACCUAAUUAUCAGUGUACAAGUUAAACCUGAAUUACUAGAAUUAGAAACGCCAACAGUAUUGAAAGCUUUGAUAGCGAUACAGAAGUAUGAAGCGGAGGGUUCAAGACUGGAUAAUGAUGUAUUACUUAAAAUGUAUUUUUCAAGUUUCAUAUGGUGUUCGAGAAUCCAAAAUUAUCUGAAACGGAAUGAGAACCUCCUCAAUGAUAUACUCGCAAGUGUUAUUCCUCAUUGGAACAAAAAAAAUAAAUGGCUAAUGGAUGAGUCCAGGUCAUUAUUUUCCUGUGAAGAAUAUACAGUUAAGCCACUUCUUGGCACCAUUUAUUACCAAAAUAGGCCUAUUGUAGGGUUACCAAACAGUAUUUUAAAUCACAAGAUUUUCAAAGAUUAUUUAAGCCAGGCUAAUUUUGCAGUAAUGCCUGGCACUCGAAAAAUAGACGGAUAUAAGUUGCCUUGCUAUCAUUCUGUUGAUCAUUCGCCAAAGACAAGGCUAACUCAUACCAAAGAUACUUUGCUGAUUGAAGAAUUCAUCAAAGGUAGUUAUCAACUAUUUAUCCCUGCAGAGGAAUUAUUUGGCGGUCGUUGUUACCCUGCUUUCAUUCUACGGUCGCCUGAUAGUGAACAAUCAUUUUCACAUUGGCUAGUUGAUGAUCAGAAAUUACUACUUGUGAAAGAUAAAAAUCGUCAGGUAAUGUACCAAUGGGAUUUGGAGAAGAAUUUCUUGUUUUCUCAAGAAGAGAGCGGGUUUGUUGUUCCAUGGGAAAAUUUUAAAAACUCCACCUUCAAAGAUUGCCUUGAGGGGUUUGAACUUUCUUGUUGGAUUGAAGUGAUAGCUCAAACAUUUCCUGAUGGUUUAGUUCAGUUCCAGUCCUUACAUUUUCCUCGCCUCGGUUUACAUUUUUAUAUGAAAGAAGGUAAAUUUUACUGUCAACAGAUUCAUGGCUAUUAUAUUGCUAAAUUACAGAGUAUUAACUCUCUGUAUGGUUUUUCUAAUUAUUUGAUAUUAGAAAAAAAAGAACCCAACUCAACAUCACGAAAAAUCAAAGUGGUCAUUCCUCACCGCCAAGUGUUUCCCAGUGAUGAGUUCUGGGAUAAGACAGUAUUCACCAACCUUGAAGAGGUCCAGACUCCAGCAUAUUUUGUUUAUGAUUUUGAUCAAAAAACAGGCCUGUUGAAAUGUCAUCAUACGCGUGCUCAACUUUAUUUAGCUUUACUGUAUUAUUGUUGCGCUUCUUUAGAUGAUCAUGAUGCAUCCAAUAUUAAUUCAUAUCAUUUGUCAAGAGAAAACUUAGAGGCCUGCUGGAAAGAUCAACCUUUUGAUGAAGUUGAACUGGAUAUCAUCGCCCAAUUUAUUGAUCCUGUAAGGAUGCGAGAUUUUCACCCCCAUCGAAUUGCACUAUACCUGAAAGUCAUAUCUUUGUUGAGUAGUAGUGUACAACUUGCAUUUUUGUACAUGGACAAGCCAAGUAUUGAGAGCAAAGAUACAAGUUAUGCAUUACUGAGAAAAUGUGAUGAAUACCUUCCGUAUUUGAUCUCACAAUAUAUACAGCACAAGUCAACGAUUUCUUUGACUGUCAGACUCAGCUUUGAAGAAGAGGAAACAAUCAUGAGGAGAUGCCCUGAUUUAUUUCAAGAAUACAAACAACUUUACUUUAAUCAGAAGCCAUGGAUAGAUGUAUCAAUGGAGUCCAAUAAAUCCUACAAAGAUCACUACGGGAUGUUGUUCGACAAAGAGUCCAUGGUCAAAACUUCCUUCGUACACCUUUUUACAACAAACAUUACAGAGUUCAAUUUCAUUACUACGCAAGAUGAAGUAGAUUUUUCAUCAGGUUUUCACAGGAUUUUACUCAAUAUAUUUGGUUUAGACAAUUUUAUCACGCUCUAUAAGCUUGCAAAAUGCGCCAAGAAGUUUGCCAUCACCAUAGAAAAAUAUCUUUAUCUAUUGCAUCAUAUGGUGUUCAGGGCCAAAAUUAAUUAUGAUCGAUUUCCAAAGAAACUAGUGAUGAUGUUAGCUCGAGUCCUCCUUCUUGUGGUAGAAAACCCAAUCUUCUUUCCUGAUCCGCCCCCUUGGUUUGGCGUAGGCGCAGAAUAUGUAGAUCUGUCUAAGCGAUGGGUCACCAGAAAUGAUCUGAUGGAUAAUUUUGGAGAAUUCUGCUGGAAACCAACAAAAAUUUAUGAAACUAGGAGAGAAGAACAAGAUGACCGAAGAGAAGCACAAAUACAGCAUAAUGAAGAAAAUUCAGUGAUUUGGCAUAACUUUUCAAGAUCCGAUUUAGACAGUCAGUCAAGACCAAAAAGGUUUCCUGAAAAUCCAAUAAACUUCCAACUAACUUACGAAAAAGAUGUUACUUUUAGAGAUGCUACAAAACUGAUUAAAGUCAGAAAACUUUAUCUAGAGGCUGCAUAUAACGAUUCUAUGUAUCAGUUCUUUGAAAGAGUUCUUUCACUUUGUGAUCGGCUUAAAUAUAAAUCUUCAAUGGGAUGGAGCAUAGCUCCUUUCACUGGCAACUCAGUAACAGUGAGAUUUUUAGCAGAGAAAUUCGCCACAUCCAUCGCGCAACCAGUCAACUGGGAAAAAUGGACCAUUCCGCAUGAGCCGCUCAUCGAUUUGAAUGAAUAUUUUGUAAGCAACCCACUGUCAUUUCCAAAUACAGAAUUUUUGUUUGAUGCACAAAUGGCUAAGCCAGCAAGUGAAUAUCAGUACCAAUUCUGCAAGGAACUGAAAGCAAGUUGGACGAUAUACCACAAUGAGACCCAGCUCAGUUAUUCUUGGCUCAAUCCACAAUGUCAAGGUAAACUGGAAAAUACAUUGCAAAUGAAACAACAGGAAAUUUGCCAAAAAGCACGGAUAAUUUGGGGAAUUAUUUCCAAGCAAUUGAAACAACGACCAAAUAGUGAAUCUGACAACUAUUUUGCUUUGCGUUGGCAUACUGGGCAAGUGUUGCAUUAUCACAAAGGAGAUGUACUACAGUUGUUAGUAGAACCGCACAAACUUGCUACCUACAAUCCAGAUUGUUUUGAUAAGCAUGACUAUAUUAUUCAGAAAUUGUUACUCUAUGUGAGCUUAGAAAUUCAGGCUUCAAAAAUCAAUCGCGAUUUGGCGCUCAUAGAGCAGUCCAAAAAAUCUGGAAGUGAAGUUGAACAAUUUUCUAUUUUGCAGAGUCUGGUCAGUAGCUUGAAAGAACAUAUAAAUCCAGCUUCCUUUCGCUAUCCUCACUGGUUUUUGUUCCAAUUCGAAAAUGAGAUCAUUGUACGUGAGAAUCAGUGUGAGCUCAUCGAAUCAAUGCUGAAAGGGAAAGAAAAGGCAAUGUAUCAACUCAAUAUGGGUGAGGGAAAAUCAUCAGUCAUCCUCCCACUACUUUGCAGUAAUCUUGCAAAUGGGGAACAAAUACUCCGCAUAAAUGUCCUGUCAGCCCUGCUAGCCACAAUGAAAAACUUUUUGCGUCAGCGUUUUUCAGGUUUGAUUAAAAAACAUGUUUAUACUUUGCCCUUUCAAAGAGACACGGAUGUAUCUCCACAAAAUUUGAAAUUAAUUCUUGAAGUUCUUGAGAAGUGCCAGAAAGACAGGCAUAUUCUCCUUGUCACUCCAGAAUUCCACCUAUGUUUACAGUUGAAAUUGAGGGAAUUGAUGCUUGAGAAUCAGGAGCAGAUAGGGGCGACAGGUGUCUUUAAUUGGGAGACUUAUCGUAGAAGAGUUCCCUGCAAAAUUGAAGAAUACAAGGAUUUGGAGAGCGCUGAAAAGGAGAAUUUGUUGAAAAAACAAGAUGAGUGCCUACGUGUCUGCUUACAGAAAGAAAAGUACCUUAACUCAAAAGAUGGGAUUCUAAAAGUGCCACCUUCUGGACAAGGAUCAAAAAAAUUUGCUCAAUUUAAAGAAACUAUCAAUGACCCAACAUUUCGGGAGUGGAGCUGUUUAAAAGCUGCAUAUCGUGAGCUAUUGUAUAAUUCAACUCUCGGGUAUGCAGAUAGCAGUAAAAAGUUAUCUUUACUUAACAAAAUUGAUGAACUACCAAUCAUGGAUUUGUUAGACGAGUCGGACGAAAUUUUAAAACAUGGCACAGAACUUAAUUACUCAGUAGGUGACAAAUUUGUGUUUGCUGGUGAAGAGCUACGCUGGGAAAUUCCCCAAUUUUUCAUUCAGGCCAUCUUCUGUGAUCUUGAAGUGCGAGACAUUAUCUCUAAAGGAAAAGUUGAUGGAUUCACAGUGCUUAAUUUAAAUUACAGUCCACGAGGUGGUGUCCCAUUCAUACAAUUAUUAAAUGAACCGUAUUAUGAAAAAUACAUAAAACCUAUACUUAUUGAGAAAUACUUCACAAAAAUUGUAUUAAGCCUUCGAAAAUACAAUGUAAAGGCAGACGAAAGUGUGAUUGAAGAUGAAACAUGUACAUUACGACAGUAUGUAGCAGCAGAACUUUCCUGUGAUGCAGAAAAGAAAUUAUUUCAUUUUUUAGCUGACAAAGGACAAUUAAAAGAUAAAAUUCUAAUAGCAAAAGGCUGGCUAUCCCAUGGGAUUUUAUUUCAUGUGUUUAAUGCAAAGUACAGGGUUCAAUAUGGUUUGAAUCUUAAUCAACAGCUUGAAGGUCACAGAAUGAAAUCAAUCGCAAUCCCUUUUUUUGGCAAAGACGCUCCGUCCCCUCGAUCUGAAUUUAGUCACCCAGAUGUCAUGUUGGGAUUUACUAUCAUCAGUUACCUUUAUCAAGGGCUGAAUGAACAGCAGCUGAAAGAAACAUUUUUGCGAUUGAAAGAUGAAUUCAGCCAUCAGGUAGCAGAUUCCCAUCUACAGGCAUGGGCAGAAGCGAGUCGAACAUGGAUUGAACCUUUAACGGAUUCAUUUCCUCCGCGAAUGUUAACAUCUCUCAAACAUUUAGACCUAUCAGACGAACAGUGCCUCAGUAAAGUACACCAGUUUUUAUCUUGCAACCCUCCUGCAAUUUUAUUUUAUUUGAACCAGUUUGUUUUUAUGCUAGAUGCAAUGCAGUACCUGUAUAAAAUCAGUGCCAAUGCACACUCUCUGGUCGGUUACAAUGCAGCAUUAGGUUUUUCUGGAACGGACGAUAGAAAACUGACAAUGCCCUUUCAGAUUAAGUCCCUGCGAUCAGCAACUCAAGAAGGCACCAAUGGAAAAUUGUUGUCUGUGUUAACUCAAGAACGCAAUAGUUCUUAUCACUCACUUCAGGUUGAAGAUACGAACACAUUAUUAGAGCAGCUAUGUACCUACGUUUCGAAACAGUCUCACUGUCAUGCUCUCAUUGAUGCUGGCGCUCUGGUAACAGGACUCUCCAACUAUGAAACAGCUUUAUUUUUACUGGAAAGACUACCUGUGAAUAUUCUAGGAGUUCUUUAUUUCAGUGAUGAAGGAAAUAGUUUGACUGUUUUAACUCGUAAUAACAAGAGUAUGCCACUACAAGAUUGUUUCCUUGAUGAACAAAGUCUUUUUGCCUACCUUGAUGAUAUCCACACCCGUGGCACAGAUAUAAAACUCCCUUUGAAUUGUCAUGCCAUACUAACGGUGGGUAUGGGAAUGCAAAAAGACAAGCUAAUGCAAGCAGCUAUGCGGUUGCGACACCUGGCAGUAAAACAAUCAGUUUCUUUGUGGGGCACAGAAGCUACAACUUUAGCAAUUGCACGAAAUAGUUCAGUGGAAAAAGCAAAGAUUAAUAGUUACGAGGUUAUCAAAUGGGUGACGCAAAAUACGAUAGACCUCAUUAGUUCAGAUUUGUUUCCUGUUACUGUGAGAAAGAUAAAUUUUCAGUUUUUGAAGAAAGCAGAGAUUUGGCUGAAAGAGGCACCAGAGAAACUCGACAGUUUGUUGAAGUACUGUAAAGAUAAAGAACGAUUUUCAUUGGAGGAGUUUUACGCCGUUACACCUGAAGAUCAGGAUUUAGCUAAUUGUUUGUACUAUCUAGUGGCUGGACGAGUAAAAGCAUUUUAUCAAGAUAUUGAGAGGGAAUUACGAAUCAAACAGUUGUGCAAUACAGACUUUUACAAAAAAUUAACCAAUCCAUCAGACAAGAGAAUCUUUAGAGAAGAGUUGGAUAAAAUCUGCAAAGAAGUUGUCAGUUACCUUCAAACUGGCCGCGUACUAGAUUCUCUUGACAAUGAUGAAGAAAAAGAAGUGGAGGUUGAAAUUAUCGAAGAACAGGAAUUUUCAACUAAAGUGGGAAGUCGAAGCUUUUAUACGGAACUUGAUUGGAAUGUGAACCUAAUUUUUAGACGAGAUUUUGUAGCGCUAGCACGAAGGGAGGGUUAUAUUGAACCCAUUCAUUUCAUAAAAAAAUACGUUCAAAUACCUGCUGACAUAAAAAAUAUUCUUUGGCACUCUGAUAUUUACAUGACUUGUAAUUUUGUUCAGAGUGUAGAGGUCAAAGGAAAAGAGUUGCUUGAUAAUUAUUUACGCCCUGUCGAUGUGAUCUUUAUUCAUCGCGGCGGAGGAACCACCAGACUUAUCUUAUUAUCUGGGCAAGAAGCCGCUCAAAUUAAGAUUAAAUGUUAUAAGAAACUCAACCAUAAUAAUCUAUUAGUUCAUCUUCAUGACAUCAAUGGGGAAACCCAGUUACCGGUUGGUAGCUUAGUAUGUGAGAGAGAGCAGAAGUUACUAACUAUUGUCAAAUUAUUUUCCGGAGAGUGUCAGUUCAAGUCAUCCAGUGAGGUGCAGUGCCUAACAAAAUUUGUUGGGCGUCUUUAUCCAAAAUGUUUCACAAACUCAAUUUUUCCUGUUGAUGACAAUGUCUCCGAGAAAAUAUAUGAUGUCCUCAUUCGAUCAGGGUAUUUAGAUUUUUCUGGUACAAUGACUAGAAAGCUCUUGAAACUUUUGGCUCCAGAUAAUUCAGAAGACACUCCUACUUUUGCAUUAACUGAUGAAACUCAAAUCUAUUGUGAACAUGUUUUGGAAAGCCUCCAUCAAAUUUACAAAGAACUAAUUGUCCAAUCAUCAAAAUCGAUGAGGGAAAAUCUUAACACCCUCCGAGAGUGGGUGGGUACAAGGGGCAGAUUAAAAGAUUAUGUAGGCUCAUCAUUGGAGUCCAUUCUCAAUUUGGAGAAGGAACUCAUGAUUUUAUCCUAAAAUCUCUGUGAUAUUUACUCCUAAGUCUUAGAUCAAACCAACUUGUCCUAAAAUUUUCCUUUUCAAAUUUUCUCAUGUUUUAUGAAAUAUCACACAAUUAUAAAAGUACAUACAUCAAUGGGUCAGUUGUGCUAGUCACAGAAUCGUUUUGAUGGUUCAAGCCUACAAAUUAGCAGAAAAAAACAAGGUUUUUCCAAACUUCAAGUUUCUACAACCAAUGAACCAAGUUAUACUCUUUAAAAAACAGAGUGAAUAAUGUCAUCCACCUCGGUUGUGCAUCCCAUGGUUUUUUCAAUCUUGGUUUCAGCUGUAAUUAACUCCAGAACCAGUGCAAUUGAAAGUAUUACUGAUUGAUACAUACGCUGUUUAUUUUUAUGGGUGAAAUCUCCAUUAAAAGAGGAUUUAGAAAUUUGGUGUUUGGACAGAUCUUAUUAUUUUUUGCAACUCUCCAGUAAAAUAUCAAAACACAAGUCUGUAACUAGCGCAACUGACUCAUUACUUGCUGAUGAUUAUACAACCUUGAAUAACAGAGUUUGUAACGUCUUGAAAAAUCCUUGAUUUUUUUGCGAAUUUUCAAAUCCCUCAAAAUUUUUGAGUUUCAGAAAUUUGCACAAAUGCACUUUUUGGACCUUGAAUCCAACCCACCCAGCCAAUUUGUUUGUAAUUGUUUAGUUUGUCCUGUGCCAUGAAAUCUUUUAAAAUGUCAAAGAACGUCUUCCUUACAUUAUACAUUGGCUUCUUUCCAUACAAGGAACACGGAACAAAGGGAUAAGAAGGGCUCCCCUCUAUUUUUAAUGCAUUCUUUGGAUCCUCCGUAAUUUUCUUUGAAUGUAGUUGAAAUUUUUUUUCAAAAGUUCUAGAACGAUCCAUUGCACAUAUCAAGUUUACUAAUUUGAACUCUUGAAAAGUCUGUGAUCAUGUUUUUAAAAAACUGUCAUGAACCCUGAAUUUAUGUAGGAGUAUGUUUUGUUUUUUCCCUUUCUGUUGUAAUUGUUUAUUAUCCAUCUCUAAAUUAGACAGAGUAUAGAGAUUGUUACAUUUCUGUCAAAAGCAGCAGUCUUGAAGAGUAGUUUUAUUUUUGAAAGAUCGUUUCUUUCCUUUUCUUCCUCAAUUUGUGCCUCAUUCGUACUUCAAAGUUCUUUUGUACUAUUUUUUGUUUAUGAGAUUCCUGCUGCCUUUUCAUCUGUCAAGUUCAGUUUUUCAUUUUCCAUUUUUUUCUCUUUUUUUUUCUUUUUUUCAGCCCUGUAUCUUAUUUGCUGAUCUUCUAAAAUGUUAACUUUUUUCUUCCUCCUCAUUUUUCUCCAUGUUGGUUUGUCGUAAUCUCAAUGACCGUAUCAAAAAUAAAUAACUCUUUCCAUACCCACUCCUUUAUUCUUUUCAUUAAAAUUUUUAUUUUUGAGCCUUUUUUGCUGUCAACUUUUUUCAACACCAAUUGGAAUUCUAUGUAGAUUUUCCCUCAUUCUUAUUUUGGAUAAAUUAGUUACGGCUUAUUACUAGUAAGAUUAUUGCCAUAAGUUUCUAUUAUCACCUUUAUAUAAUCUUUGUAAGUUUAAAGCAAUUAAUUAUCAGUUAUUUUACUUUUAUUUUAGCAGCGUUGGUCGAUUUUUUUCAACAACCUUAAAUAGCUAAUCCUUAAGUGCCUUUAAAAUGAAGUCUCUUUCACCGUUUUCCAUCUCCAUCUCCUUUGAAAAAAGUAUAUAACGACAAAUAAAUACUUUACAACUAUUUUUACUAGAUAACGCUAUGAAUUUUUGUGGACCAGAUUUAUUUGCAGCUUAAUUGGUUUCCAUCUCUUGUUUGCUUCAAAUGUUACCUCAUUACUUAAUUUUUUCUAAAUUAAUUCAAGUUCCUCUCUUUGGUAAAGUAUUAAUUUUCAAAACCACCGAGUUAUUUUUAAGUGUUAUAAUUAUUAUUGGACUCAGAGGAUGUUUUCUGCUUUUGUAUAAUUUAAGAAGCUGCCAUAAGUGCCUGUUACUUUAAGGUUUAUGAUUGUUUCUAAAUUUAGUUUUGAAAUGCUUCCAACUUAACCAAAGUUCAGAAGUUCUUUACCUCAAAGUGUUGUUACCCUUCAGGAACUUAACGUGAAGCAUCUAUCUGAAUCCAUUUUUUUGCAGUUAUGUUUUAUAUUUUUCUAUCAAAGCAUUUGAGUACUUGGUAUUAUCGUUUUAUUUUACGUAUUUUCUAUCAUUCACUUUUUAUUUUUCCACUUAAUUAUACCUCAUAUAUUAUUUUUUUAAAAAUAUAUCUUAUUAAAAUUA